AUGUCAACCGCAGUAAUCCAGACCCAGACGGAGCCACUCGAGCUCGCCAGCCUCCCUCCAACGUCUCGCCACGCCGAGGAUGGUAGGACGAGCGGUAUAGAGGAGCCACCUGCUGUGAUCCCUUCCGACGAUGUCCCUCCUCCUAAUGCUCAGUCGCGAACGGAGAGAUGGAACUAUCCAAAGGGGAACGUCGGCAAACUCGUUUUCACGUUUCUUUCUUCCAUCAUUGCUGGAAUGAACGAUAGCGCCGUUGGCGCCUUGAUUCCCUCUCUUGAAGCAUAUUAUGACAUUAGCUAUACUAUCAUCUCACUUAUCUUCUUGACCCCCUUCGCAGGCUAUUCUAUCGCCGCCUUCACUAAUGCCUGGAUCCAUAUGAAGUUUGGCCAGCGAGGCGUGGCCAUUAUGGCACCUAUCUGCCAUAUUAUCACCUUCGUCGCCCUGGCAUUACAUCCCCCGUAUCCCGUCCUCGUUGUCUGCAAUAUGAUUAGUGGCUUUGGUAACGGGCUGACCGAUGCUUGCUUCUGCGCGUGGAUCGGAGCCAUGGAUAAGGCCAAUACAAUUCAGGGAUUCUUACACUCGUGCUACUCCCUAGGUGCUCUCUUUGCGCCUCUUAUUGCUACUUCAAUGGUAGUUUCUGCUGAGUUGCCGUGGUAUACCUACUAUUAUGUUAUGAUUGGCAUCUCGGUUGUCGAAUGGAUAGGUCUUACGGUAACCUUUUGGCAUAAGACUGGCGCAGCAUACCGGGCAGAGCACGAGUUAGGCCCCGAAGUCUUGGGCGCUGGGACUCGAGAAGCGCUUAAGUCUAAAGUGACAUGGCUCUGCGCGCUGUUUUUCUUUGCCUACAUGGGCGUCGAAGUUGGUCUUGGCGGCUGGGUUGUCACAUUCAUGUUGCGGGUGCGAAAGGCGACGAGACUAGCCUCUGGUGCUUCCGCCUCUGGCUUCUGGGCCGGCAUGACAUUAGGUCGAGCAGUCCUCGGAUUCGUGACUGAGCGCUUCGGCGAGCGACUGUGCAUUAGCAUCUACCUCGCCAUCUCCAUUGGCCUCGAGCUCCUCUUCUGGCUCGUCCCCCAGUUCAUCGUCUCGGCCGUUGCCGUCGCCUUCCUGGGCUUCUUCCUAGGCCCCCUGUUUCCUGGCGCCGUCAUGCUCACGGCAAAAUUGCUGCCCGCCAAGCUUCAUGUUUCAGCGAUCGGGUUUGCGAUGGCUAUGGGAGGGACGGGCGGAACGGUAUUUCCCUUUGCAAUUGGUGCGAUCGCGAACAGCAAGGGUGUUAGAGUCUUGCAGCCCAUCGUCCUCGCCCUUAUCGCCGUGGUUGCGUUGGUGUGGCUUAGUUUCCCCCGCAUCCAGAAGAAGAAUUGA